AAUCCUUCAUAGCAACUGCCAAAGUUGAUAAAAGAUGUGAUAUUGAAACUUGUUUCAUUGAUGUUUUUACCGUAAUUUUGAGAAAAUAAAUCAGUAUUUAAUUAUUGUGUUAAAAAUGGGUGCUGAAUUAACAAAAAAACAUGAAGAAGAACUGUUAAAAAUGGGAACAGACUUGGCGAAACAGCUGCAAACGGUUUCAGAACGGAUGCAAGAAAUUGAGAAACAAAAUCUUGAGUUAUUAGCUGAAAAAAAUGAAUUAGAAAAAUUGAGGUUACAAGUAGCUAAGCAAUCUGCAUCUCAAAUACAAAUCGGUAGCAUCAGUGAAUUUAAUUUGAAACAGAAAUGGUCGCAUUGGUAUGAACGCUUUGAAUUAUUUUGCAUAGUUAAUGACGUCAGUCAGGAGAAAAAGUUGCAUUUGUUCUUAAUGAUGAUUGGAAAUGAAGCUUAUUCUUUUUUGAGGAAUUUAUAUACACCAGAGGAACUUGAGAGUAAGUCUUCCACAGAAUUAAAUGAAAUCAUGAAAGACAAUUUUGAGCCGGUAUGUAAUACCAUUACUGAAAGAUAUAACUUCAAAGAAAGAAAACAAUUGGAACGUGAACAAAUCAAAGACUAUGUUGCGAAUCUGAAAAGUUUGGCUAAAAAAUGCAACUUUGAAAAUAACUUUGACAAUUGCCUGAGGGAUCAAUUUAUAUGGGGUUUAAGGAGUGAUGCCAUCAAGGUAAGGCUAUUAACUGAGGUAAACCUUACUUUUACAAGAGCUGUAGAAAUCGCAACUUUAAUGGAAAAUGAAACUGAAAACAUCAGUAAAAUGAACGAUAGCAAAGAAAUAGUAAAUGGUGACAAUAAGAAUUUAAAAAAACCCACUAAAAUGAAUGUAAAAUGUUUUUGUUGUGGUAAAGCCAAUCACACAAAAAUCAACUGCCCAUUCAAAAAUAAUAAUUGUAAUGAAUGUGGUUUAAUCGGUCAUUUACGAGCAGUAUGUCCAAAAAUAAGACUGAUUAGAGACAAUAAGACAAACAAUAAAAAUGGUGAUAAGAACAUGACUCUAGGAAAUAACAAUAUUCCAAAUGCUUGCAUAAGAGAGCAUGUUAAAGACGAUUGUUAUCAUACAAGUAAAAAGAGUCCAAUGCAUGAUAAAGAUAAGAUUAAUAACGGUAAUUCCAAACCAACUCUGAGUAGUGGAGGGUACAGUAUGUUUCCACUUGAUAAUGCUGAUAAUUGUAUGACUAGAUCAACUCAAAGUAGUCAGAGAUCUAGUACAUCAAAUGAAUGUUGUUAUUGCCAAUGCCCGAUACAACCUCAUGAAGGAUCUUGGAUACUAAGUUGUCGACAUUUUGUUCAUACGCAGUGUUAUGACAGUUUUCAGGGUAUGAUGAAGUGUCAAGCUUGUAAUGCUAAAGAAUAUUGAGAAGUUUUAUUAUGGGACCACUUUAUCUAGAUUUUUUAAGUAACGAAAACUUAAGGAAGUAUAAUGUUUCUGAAUUUUUAUUAUAUAAAUUUUAAGACAGCUGUAAACAAAAUAAGUUUUACAGUGCACAAAUACUGGAAAAAUUGUAUUCGUUGUAUUUUUAUUAUCAAAUAAACAAUGUUAUAAUAUUUUGAUACUUUUAUA